AUGAUCGCGAAUGCGAUUGCCUUUUCCCAACCUGUGGAGAAAAUGUACAAUGUGUUACCUCCGCCAAGGCGCGAUCUAGAUGAAGUGCUCGCGAUUCUAUUCACCGGUCCCUGUCGACCCAGUGAGGAAGAUUUUAAGCGCACUCCGUUGCUAGUCCGCCACCAUGCUGUGAUUGCAGCUUUGCGAUGGCUUAUGCUUAACCACUGUGACUAUGCUGACGUGUCAAUCUCUGAGGAGAACCUUUCCCAGUAUCCGGAAAACGAACCACCUGUCACCGUUCUUCGACGGUUUUCGGACGGUAGCACUCCUUCAGAGGCUAUGUCUGUGCAUGAGGUUGACGAAGAACGGGGCACGAAUGAUGGUCCAUGUCCGUUUGUCAUGCAUGGGUUGUCCGCUGCUGAUGUCGCGACGAUGUCAUAUAAGUCUCGAAUUAUUACGGCUCUGCAGUACUUCCAUGGAGGGGGAGCUGUAUUAGGAUAUGGCCAUGGUUCUAAGCCAGAAAGCAUAUACCACAACAGUAAGCUAUUGCCAGGUAUGUUUCCGUGGCUUUUUCCUUAUGGCCUCGGGGGAGUUGAAAAUCCUCUUAUAAAAACCCGUCUUGAUCGGGCUAUACACAUCAGGUCAUUACUGUAUUAUGCCGACCGC